AUGCGGGCGGAAGCUGGCCGCAUGCUGCGCUGGGCGCUGCUGGCCCUCGUGCUGGCGCUGAUGGCGCUCGGGUGUGCUGCGGAGACGAAAUAUGUCGGACGGGACAUCCCCAAGCCGGACUUCGAGCGGAUGCGGAGGGAGGCGGAGGAGCGCGGGCCGCGAAAGCCGCGCAUGCAGGGCAGGCACCCGGGGCAGGGCUCCAACAUUGACUUCAACAGGGUGAUGGCGGCGAUGCAGCUGAUGAGCGCGAUCAACGGCCAGGGCUCGGAGUCGGAAGGACCGCCCGGACGAGCCACCGCGGCGAACCCGUUCGCGGGCAUGUUUGGGGGAGCCACGCACAACGCGCUGAUGCGGGGGGCGCAGGUGACCGGGUUCUCCCGCGCGGGCCUGGAGUGGACGGCGCCGCCCAACAGCAAGCUCACGCACAGCCCGAAGAUCGAGCCGAGCCAGGAGAACACGGCGGACGAGACUGGCCGCGCGGUGUCGCUGCUGAUCUAUGACCUCAGCAACGGGCUCGCGAAGCACAUUUCGAAGGACAUUUUGGGGACCAAGAUUGGGGGGGUGUAUCACACGUCGGUGGUGAUCGACAACGAGCCGGGGGAAGAGGGCCGCACGGAGUACUUCUACUCCUUCGGCGUCAGCAAUGGCCUGCCCGGCGACACUCCGUUCGGCAAGCCCAUGAAGGAGAAGCCCAUGGGCCGCACGACGGCGACGCCUGAGGAGCUGGAGACCAUCCUGGAGCGCUUGGGGGGGGAGUUCCGGGAGGACAAUUACGACGUCAUCACGCACAACUGCAACAACUUCAGCCAGGAGCUGCUCAAGCGGCUUCCUGGGCUGCAGCAGCCCGACGGGGCGCCCGCGGUCGUGCCGAAACCGAUCAUGCGGCUGCCGUACGUGGUGCAGUCGAGCGAGCUGGGGCAGAUGCUGGUGCCGAUGUUCAAGGCGAUGCAGGAGAAGCUGCUUGGGAGGGACGCGGCGGGGGCGCAGGCGGACGGCGGCGAGUCGAGCAGCCAGGAGUCGGACUCUGAGCCUGAACUAUAA